AAAAUCACGAUAAACCGUUUUAGACGAAUGACUGCGCAAGUGACGCAAGUGUCCGCGAACUGAGACAUUAAAUCAAGAUUACAUGAAGUAACUACCUAAUUAACUGUUUUUCAAAAUGGCGUCCGAGACGGAAGCAGAUUCCCCAAUUAUUACAAAUUAUAACCGUUUUAUUCCCGAAGACGUUUUAGAAGACCUUUGCAGUCGAUUUUUAAUCAAUAUUCCCGACGAAGAAAGAGCAGACGUAGUUCGGUUGUGUUUUCAAAUUGAACUUGCACAUUGGUUUUACAUCGAUUUUUAUCGCCAGGAAAAUCCUGAUCUUCCAGGCUGUGGUAUAAAGGAAUUUACUCGCAUUGUUUUUAACAAAUUUCCAUUUCUAAACAAAACUGGGGAAAAUGUCGACCAGAUUUUUGCCAACUGGCGCAAGUAUAAACUGAAGGUUCCUGUCUUUGGAGCAAUUUUAAUWAACCAGGCAUUCGACAAGUGCCUGCUUGUGCAGCCUGCCAUGUCCAAAACAAGCUGGGGUUUCCCUAAAGGAAAAGUGAAUAAAGAUGAAGAGGAGUUUGAUUGUGCUAUUAGAGAGGUGUUGGAGGAAACUGGCUUUGACAUGACUGAAUUAGCUGAUCCCAACAAUUAUAUUGAACACAAGAUCCAUGAUCAUCCAAUUCGGUUAUACGUGGUUCCUGGUGUACCAGAAAAUACACCCUUCCAACCACAGACAAGAGGUGAAAUAAGGGAUAUUCRAUGGUUUGAAAUUGAGUAUCUUCCAACCCACAAAAAAGACACUAAUUGUACAGAGCAUCUUAACUGCAAUCCAAGUUCCUUCUUUAUGGUGAUUCCUUUUGUAAAGGACCUUCGUAAACGUAUGUCAUACAGUUUUACUCCUCGACCAAACAGUCAAAACAGCAGGACAAUGGCAGAUGAAAAUAUCGUGUCUACUCCAAAAGCACAGCUGCAAAAGUUAGUCGACAAAGAGGAGGCACGGAUUGAGAACGAAAAGAAACAAGCYGCCAUGGACAGAAGAAGGAAACUUCAGCAGGAGAAGUUCAUGGCGCAGCAUGCUUUAAAUCAUCCAUUGAGGAGUAGAGGAUAUCAAAGUCCAGUUCAUGAGCGUGACUCGCCAAGUGCUAGGGAACAGGAUGAGAAGACACCAUCGCCUAUUAAAAUACUACAACGGCCUGAGAAACUUUCAUCACGUGACAGAAAAGAGUCACGUGAUAGGAAAACAGGAAGUAAACAGAAAUCAUUUAGUCCCAGUUCGCUUCAUCAAUUCGUUGAAGGAAGUAGCAGCAGACCGRGAAAUGAAGCCUUUGCGCCAUUUUCUCCGAUAUAUCACGCCCCUGUAUCCUCKUAUAGUAUACACCCGACUACCGGGUCACUACCGGCCCAACCGGCUUCCCCGUACGGUGUCAGCUCCAGUAUAUGGCAUCUCGAUCCCAGUACAUCGAUGGACCCUUUGACAAAAUUAAGACUGCUAUCUGCAAAUGCAUCUUCUACGCAUACUUCAAAACCAAGGACUGCUGUGCAAGAAGACGAACCGCUCUCCAGCAAUCGCUUUUGUUUUAGUGCCCCUGCUUUUGAAAACUUYAAGUUCGAUCGCCAAGCAUUCUCGGAGAUUUUAUAAACGAUUGUUUUUACUUUUAAAUUGUAGAAUAUUUCGAUGAAUUAAGUACUUAAGGUAUAGUCCAACAUGGACGUAAAUGAAAACCUUUUUUAGAAUCUCCUCCCUCAUUUUAUUAUGUCUCAGGCGCGGUGGUUAAGACGUCUUUUUUUCGAUGCGCCUUGUCUUAUUACAGAUUUAUCACGAGCAGUUUACAGUCUAAAUCACUUGUUAUUUACGGAUUAUUUUGAGUCUACUACUGUCAGUAAAUUCAGGGAUGAAUUGCCCACGAAGUCAACAUUUGACUAGCAUUUCUAUUAGGCGCGACAGAACCAUCAUGUCUGAUCUAAUUUCGUUGGCUAAAUAAGGCUUGGGUGAAACGCGGAAUCUCACAUGUACGAUUUCAAUGGAAAUCAACCCAAUGUAUAGUAUCAUAUGAUUUUAUUCAGCAUCGAGACGUCACGCGCGCGCAAAGCACUUUGGGAGAUUGCACRUUUGAUCCAUUAUCUCCAGCAAGGUUGUUGGUCUUCUUGAAAGCCGAGCAGGAUACUGUGGAAUAGUAUAGCCUAAUUGUAUCCAAAUUCACCUGGAAAAUAUGGACAAAGGAAGAGUAUACGCGUGUCUGUGAUCGCAGUCGUUUAUUUUAUUUUCUCGGGACAUUUAGACUAGAGAACAAACACUGAAAGUGUGCAACAUAUAUACCAAUAAAUACCGCUAUUAGAUUAUGUA